CACUGUGGUCACUACAAACGCUACCGCUAACGGUGACGGAAACUACCCAAGUAUUGACGGUGAUGAAAGUAACCAAUCAUCUAAUACUACUGCCCUGGGCCAAGAAGAAAAUUCAACCUUAUCCGCCAAUGGCACCGCUAGCACAGCAGAGACCCCCGUUGUGCAAUUGAUGCCAGGAGCUUAUCCAGUGCGUGGAAUUGAUGCUACAGACGACGAUGAAGAAUUCUCAGUUCUAUGGAUCAGUGAAAUGCAACACAAUGAGGGACAGCAAAACCCAGAGACUGCCCAAGCACCUGCACUUCGAGCUGUACACUCCUCAUACCUGUUGACUCCCUCCAUGGAAUUAGGUGAGGUCGUUGAUUCCGAUGAGGAGGAGGAUGAUCAAGAAUCUCCUGAACUAAACAACUCGAUGCGCCAAAGCAUGAAUCGAAGCAGCAGACGAGCUUCAAGCCGCCGCCUUGUCAUGGAAGAUUUAGAGGAGGCCUUGGAAGUAAAACCUGUUCCAGGUCCAUCAGAGAAUGGUGGACAUGGCAGUGAUUAUGCAAAGGAAAGGAAGAAAGCCGUGGCUAGUUGGAUCGUUUUGUUGCUCUGUUUUGGUGUGGCAUUUGUGGUCACUAUUGGCCUUGCCACUGGGCUCAGCAACAAGGAAGACUCCACAAUGAAACCUACGGAUGUAGACAACACCAGUAGCAGUAACCCAGGAAGCUCCAUUACUGCAACGCCACCCCCACUGCCCAGCGAAUCAAGCAACACCAGCCCAGGAAAUUCCACCCAGGGUGAAAUGGUUCUUUAUCCUCCCUUUGGUGAAGACCUGGAUGCUGAUGUCCUGAGGCUAAUCAGAGAAGACCCGUCAAGUCCUCAGUACAAGGCCAACGUUUGGAUGAUGGAGGACCCCUACAGAGAGUCUUAUCCACCGUGGAAGCAGCUUCAAAGAUUUUCUCUAGCACUCAGGUACAUUGGCUUUGAUGGAGAUAACUGGUUCCGCAACGACAACUGGAUGAACUAUGACAUAGAUGAAUGUCGAUGGUUCAACAAGAAUCCUGAGAAUGCCACAUACCCAGUCUGUGAUGACGAUGAUGGCCACUUGUUGGUCCUCAAUCUUACGGCCAACAACUUGAAUGGCACUUCCCCACAAGGAAUUCAUGUCCCCAGCUUGAGAAUGCUUGAUUUGUCUCACAAUGGCAUCCAUGGGCCUCAGGCCGUAGCCAAUGGCGGAGGUGAUAUGGAGGUGUACAUAUUGUCCAAUAACAGCAUGACUGGUGCUUCGAGGACCAAAGCUGGUGCUCAAUUUUCAAAAUUGCGGGUUCUGAAAAUGGACGGCAAUAACUUCAACUUUGACCUGAAACUUCCGGGGAGCAUAUUCCCAGCUCUUGAAGUUCUGAACCUGACUGGAAAUAGCUUUGGGCCUACAAUUCACCCGCUUUUUGGACAGAAUACAAAUCUCAGGUACUUGGGUCUUGGCCACAACUUCUUUGGUGGCACUCUUCCAACAGAGUUAGGACUUCUUACGGCUUUGGAAGAACUUGAUCUUUCUGGGAAUGUUGGUCUUACUGGGUUGGUUCCGGAAAGCUUUGGUUCCUUGGUCAACCUGACAAAGGUUUGACAUUUCCAGGACCAUGUUGUCAGGAGAUGUCCCCGUGGAUUUCUGCAGGGAUGGCCUGGAAGUGCUGGCCAAUUGCAGCAUGGUACAUCGUACAAUGUUGUUGAGGCAUCCCUCUUCUGCAUGUUGAACAUUUGUGGAAGUGGUCUAGAUGUUCACCAGUUCGGUUUAGAUACCGAAUCCGGUAGCAGGGAUAGAGUAAUAAUAGCCUACAGGAAGUUGUCACGCUCUCCCUUGGAGACAAGAAUCUUUGAGUUAUAGUCUAAUCCACCAGACCACAACUAGGAUUGGGCCUUUUUUACAGUUUGAAGAUCUCCUUUUAGCGAGCUCGUUUCGUUUCGUUUCGUUUCGUUUCGUAUUGUCUCAUUUCGUUUCGUCUACUAGCUAGUCUAGGUGCUCACAAUAGUCCCAAUGGCAGCGUCAACCUUUUUGAGAGUCUCCGGAUCCAUCUUUUCGACCCAAUCAGAUGGCAGAGAGUCCGAUUUCUCGUUGGCAGCAAGAGCCGCAAACACGGCACCAAUAAAGACGGAUCGACUGCACGUAUCUCCCGAAGCAAGAAUAUUCUCUCGAAGCGCCGAAGCAAAUAGUGUCGUGCUGGCAGCAGCAUUGGACGCCGAUUUGUAAAACAAGGCAAUGGGUCCAAUAAAGGAUCCUGGCAAGGCACAACUGCGACCUGCCAAAUCGUAAAAAUUGGAAUCCUCAUUGCCCUUCAUUUUUUGAUGGGAGACCUCCAACAAGAUUUCGUCCAGUGUUGAUUUUUCCUUACCCAGUGUCUUGGCAUUUUGAAAGGCUUCCAUCAAAGCUUCCUGGGCGUCAUUGGGGACGUUUGCGUUUGCCAAAUCGUCCUUGAUAUUUUGCUGACACGUUUCCAAAGCUUCUUCCAACGGAGCACCCAAAAUGACAGCUUCCAAGAUGCGAGCGGCGGCAAUGCCAAAGGCAACGGCUUUUUGAUUGUUUUGGUGGACGCGAACGGCUUGGCUGAGGCGGUCCACAAGAUCCGGCUUUCCGUGGUAUCGCGCCACCACUGGGACCACCUUCAUGUAAAUGUGGGCUUGGUCGUCGUCGGCGCCACACUCGGGAAAUUUCUUGUCGGCUUUUAUAUUGUCGAUAAAGGUGGUCAAUGCGUGAUCCGGUCUUCCUCCAAACGUAGUGGCCCAUUGGAACAUUUCCUGGCUCAUCGCGUCGCCUGUAAGGUCCAUUGUAGAAGCAACAUGCUCCGUCACAAAGAGCAACUGCUCCCCAUACGGACUCAACAUGCCGUUCUGGUAAUGACCAGGGAAAUCGGUAGCCGAAUAAUACUUGGGAGAAGGAGGGUCGCGAAACUCGGGAGUCUCCACGCUGGUAACCGUCUUUAGCAUCUCGGCAGGAUCGUAGAUCCAAUGCGUCCCCAUGGACGCCGCGUCGGCUACAAAGGCGCCGCGAAGUGCCGCCGUUACGCGGUUUUGGAUUAGUAGAGAAGUCAUGGUGGUGGAGUUACGAUAGUUGAUUGAUUGUGGAUGGAAUGUUAUUGUGUUGGUUUGGGUUCUCUAGACCACUAGUACCUGACAAAUGAGGAGACAAGAGACAAGGGAUCUUCUUAGAAAGAUUUGCUUCCUGUGCUUCCUUCUCGUGCAAUCUUUAUUCGCUCCGAGCUUGCAUGGGCUUCUUUCAGAGGACGGGAAACUGCACGUCUCGAAUGUGUGAAUCUUGUUAUGCCAAAGAUCCAGCGGCCCACCACAGACCAUGUCAAAAGAUCCA